AUGUCUGAGGGGACCUCCAAACCCUCUGGUAGGGUCGUCAACACUACCCACCAAAUGGGAUCUCAACGGGGAACCGAAGAGCAUCCCAAUUCUAACCAAAAAGACAACGGCAAAAACUGUUUGUUUAAAUCGACCAACGCCGGCAGGAACCAGCGCCGCCCAAAUAACCGCAACAACCAAGCAAAAUGGGCACAUAAUGAGUCAAAGCAAGACCAUCAUGGAUCUGGAAAACCGCCAGCAACACGAAAACAACAGCCAAGAGCCGCAGCGCAAAAACCAGCUGACAACAAAAAGGCGGCGUCACAACAAAAACCUUCCACUAACGCAUCUUUUUCUAACGGUUCUCGUGCCCCCAUCAGCCAGCCUUCUAAGCCUGGACCCCAACGUCAAAUUGCGCAUGAUCUUGCGGCCACACAAAAGGUUUCCACAUUGGCAACUGCGCAACCUGCAAAACUCAAUUCAAACAACCCGAGAAAUGGUAAGAAUGGCGGCAACAAGACUUCUGAGCCUCUCGCGAAGAAAGAUGGAAAUGUCAACACCACCAAAAAAAUUCCUUCCAAACCCAAGGGCUCCUGUUAUGAUUUUCUUCAGACUGGGGCUUGUAAGUUUGGGAUCAAAUGCAGGUAUUCACAUAAUCCGGACGUUGCAACUACAACCAGACAAACUCCCAAUACGUCACGGGUAUCACAGGCGUUACAGGAACGACUUGCAGGCGUGAAUGCGAGACUAUCCUCGAAGCCAGCAGUACAAUCAGACUCAGAAUUGCCAGCUCAGGAGGCCACCGUCGACAAAAUAUCCGACCUCCUUUCCAAAACACAGGUUUCGGUCGAGUCAGACCUUUCACCAGUAUCAAACAGCCUGGCCAAGUCACAUACUCCAAACGAACUGGAAACCCCAUCGGCAUCCGUCAGGCUGAAUCCCAAUACAGGAACACCACGACAACCCAAAAAGAAACAGCAAGCUUGGAGACCCUUGGAUAUUAACGCUGUCUCAAAACCUUCUACCACGUCUUUCACUGGUACAUACUCCCAAGCUGCGAAAUCCUCCCCUCCACCGGGGUUUGCUUCUCAUAUUGUAAGAAAUCCACCAUCUCCAGUGAUUCCAUCUACACCAUGGGAGAGUCCAUCGGAUCUCGCAAUUUUGGAAUAUAGCAGUUCUUCGGGGAGAACAUCUCCAAGCGGAUCUAUUGACCCCUCCGUGGAGGUUACCAAUCUUGGAUAUGAAUCAUGGGACAAUCAGAGACUUGUUAUCUGGAUGGACCGAAAUCUCAGCGAUGAGGUAAAGAUCAAGCUCAAGAGGGAUUACAGACCGUAUCUCGAACAAGGUGUCCUCCCUGUUGCCCUUAUAAACAGUAUGGCUGGAAGAAGAAGAAAGGGCAAGGGACAAUUUCCAAAUUUCAUGAAUCUUCCAGCCGAGAUUCGCGAAAUGAUCUGGAAUAUGGCAUUGCGAGACAGCCAACAAGAAGUCCACGUCAAGGUUGAUGCAGUAGACGAAUUUGAUGGAAGCCUCACAGUAAACAUAAGACCAGAAACUGAUUUACCACCAAUCAUGCGAGCCAGUAAGGAAUCCUACUACCUGGGAGUCAAAUGCUACGAUCUAUCUUUCUCAACCAAAAAAUUCGGCGAAGCACUUUGCUGGUUCAAUUUUGCAACCGAUAGCCUUGUCGUACGAGGUGGUCCCUACGAUAUCUUCAGCAAGUACCUUCACACUCGCGAUACCCGACGCUUGCAACACCUCACCCUCCCUAUGAAAUGCUGGAUUGGUAAGACAGACGCAGAGAAAAAGGCAAUCAGGGUGAUGCUCAGCCGAUUCAAGCAUCUCAAACUACUCUCGUGGAUGGCGGGAGAUAGUAAGGACGAUGAGAUGUACACGAAGGAUCCUCAUGUCAUUAGGCGCUUGACGUAUAUGGUCCACGAUGUGUUUAGGGACAGAUGGGGGAAGACAUGUGAGGUUCCUCGAGUCGAGCAGAGGGUUAUUCCCGCGCUACUGGCUAGAAUGUGGGGGAUUGAUAAUUUGCAGAUUUGA